AAAAUGAGUAAUGUAGUGGACCCAUUGGUCCUCUUGAAGGAUUAUUAUAAGGGUAAUAAAGAGAUAGAGUACAGGAGUGAAGACCAUACCCUUGUAUUCGGAAAGACAAAGGUCCCAGUUGACAUGAAAACAGCUUGGAUCAAGAAAGGAGGAACUACUCAAUAUAGUAUUGGCGCCUUAUGGUACUGCCUUAUGAAUAAGGAUGUGUCAGUCACCACCUUCAUGGAAACAGCUACCUCCCAAGGAUUUGAAAGGAUUUCCUUACUUGAUAAGAAAAAGAUCAUUGACUAUUUCUCCGGAGAACUUGAUGAUGUAGAUGCUAUUGAUAAAACUCUUAUAAAAGACACCCUUGUCAAGAUUGGUCAAUCUAAUCAAUCUGUUGAAGGUCGUUCUGAGGCAGAUAUAUCAAAAGGAAGCACAAUAGCUAACAAAAGGCAAAUGAAAGCAGCAGGUAAACAUGAAGAAGAGAAGAUCAUGGCUGGCGAUUCCCAUCGAAAGGAAGCCCAAAAGAUUGAAGACAAGAAAAGAGAGAUGAAAGUUAUAGAUUUCCUUACUAAAAACGAGAAGAGAGUAAUCUCAAAGAACUCUAUUUUGAAGUGUCCUGGAGUCAGCUUCGCCAAGAUAUACCAACUCUGAUGUGAAAUGAUCAAUGAGAAACCUAGAGGAGAUGCUUUACUCGAGAGAGUCACAAAGAAAGGGGUCAAGAAAAUCCUAGAUGUUAAUAUAUCCACUCUUAAGAAGAAACAAAAGAUGUCUUUACUAGAUGAGAUCCUUAAUUCAGGUGACGGAGAUGGCUCUAUAGAGGGAAGGCCUAUCAUAGUAGUCCCUCCAAUCCCAGACCAUAGCAAGUUGUGAUACUCAAAUGCGAUCCAAUUUUUCACUGAAGGGCAAUACAUUGAUGGUAAUAUCGCUAAGAAAGCUGAAGGAUAUAACGAGUAUGGAGACCAUCAAGAAUUCGAGUAUGUUAUCAACAACAAGCGGGUCAAAUUUGAGCUCUAUGACUCAGUAAUAGGCUUCAACAAAUCUCACUGGAGAAGAGUAGUAGCAUACUUUGCACAGGCAGAAGAGUGGGAGCUUAAGGAUUUCCCUCCUAAGGAGUCGGCUGUAGAUAUCUUCCUAAAAAUUAGGGGAUAUUUCUUUACGUUUACAGGACUUCAGAUUCCUAACUGCAUCCAGAAGUACAACAUAAAGCCAUUGAGGGUGAGUCGGUCUCAGAGAUAUGAAGAUAGGAGUAUUAAGAAGGAAUUUUGGGAUGACCUGAUCGAGUUUUUGGGUAAAGAGAGGUAUAAAGGAAAGUAGAGUAAUGGAGUUAAGGUGUUUUCAAUGA